AUGUCCACGAACUCCCCUUCGCGAGCGCAAGGGCCAAUAAUCCCGGCGCAACAAGCCCUGGAGUUUAUACCCCCCGACACUUCUCAGAAUUCCGCACCCAAAGAAAACGGAACUACACGAAGAAGGUCGGCACGCGAAUCGAAGGAGCAAAAGGAAGAAAAUGAUGAGGAGUCGGAGCCCAAGGAGACGCGGAGUAGGAGGCGGAAACCCAAACAUGAAGAGCCCGCUCGUGAAUUGACCCUGGACGAGGAGAUCGAGCGGUUACAGAAAGAGAUGUUGAUGAUCGACAACGAGACCCAUCCCGAAUUGUUGCGGCUGUACGACGCGUACGCGAAGCGGCGGAAACUGCAAAAAGAGUUGGAGGACGUUGAGGCAGAGCUUGAGGCUGCCGAGCAGAAGCGACUGGAAGCGGAAAUUGAGGCCAAGGAGAAGGAAGCGACGCAAGAAUCCGACAAGCGAGCAUCACAAAUCGUCGAGCAGCUGCUGAACGAUUACGAUAAGGAGAUCAAAAAGGCGGAAGCCUACAUCACCAACAUGGACAUCACAAAACCCCAAAACGAUAUGCCGGCCGAUUCGUCGAAAAAGACGUUGCGAGCACCGACG